AACUUUAACCGAUGUAAAAUGAGCUUGUCAAAAUCAGAACGAGAGUCUAUUAUAUUAAAUGACGCCAGAGGAAUACAACAUCCUUUCUAUUACGUAAGUCAGAGUAAAGAUGGUAAAAUAUAUGUAAGAAAAAGAAAGGUUCCAUUAGCGAAUG